AGGGCUACAUGAAGCAUGAUGGUCCGGCCCUUCACCAUACCAAUCGAUAGCAUAACACUAAAAGCUUAAAUUACGUCGUCCACGUACUCCCAACUUGAAAAAACACAACACAGCACAACAUUACAAAACAGACAAACGAAUCUCAGCAUCAGUCGUUCGCCUCCAGCGCAGCCUACCUGCCUCUGUCUCUCUGCCCCCCUCUCUCUCUCUCUCCUACCUUUUUAUUCGCUGCUCAAAUCUCCGGUGGCAGCCCCUCGCUGGAAGAAUCGUGUCGCGCCGAUGGAGGAGUCCUACCUGAACCCGUUCCUGGAGGAGACGACGUUCUAUAACCGCAUUGUGCUCGGCAGCCUCGUGCCCAAUAUAUUGUGGGACCCACUCCCCCACUUCUUCCAGACGUGGCUGCGCAACUACGUCGGCGGGACCUUGCUCUACCUCGUCUCCGGCUUCCUCUGGUGCCUCUACAUUUAUUACUUGAAACGCAACAUUUAUAUCCCCAAAGAUGCCGUUCCCUCGAAUAAAGCCAUGCUUUUGCAAAUAUAUGUUGCCAUGAAGGCCAUGCCUUGGUACUGUGCUCUUCCAACUGUUUCUGAGUACAUGGUUGAAAAUGGCUGGGCAAAGUGCUUUGCAAGAAUAAGUGAUGUCGGUUGGCCCGCUUACCUCUCGUAUUUAGCAAUUUAUCUUGUAUUCGUGGAGUUCGGAAUAUAUUGGAUGCACAGAGUGCACGACAUAAAACCUCUGUAUAAAUAUCUUCAUGCAACCCAUCACAUCUACAAUAAGCAGAACACCCUCUCUCCGUUUGCUGGUUUGGCUUUUCACCCAAUUGAUGGGAUACUCCAGGCAGUUCCACAUGUUAUAGCUCUAUUUCUUGUACCAAUGCAUUUUACCACCCACAUAGCGCUCCUAUUUAUCGAGGCCAUAUGGACAGCGAACAUUCACGAUUGCAUCCACUCCAAAAUAUGGCCUGUCAUGGGUGCCGGCUACCACACCAUACAUCAUACUACAUACCGCCAUAACUAUGGCCAUUACACUAUAUGGAUGGAUUGGAUGUGUGGAACCCUACGUGACCCCUUGGAAGAUGAAUCAAAGGUCUUAUGAUGCACUCAUUGCAUGGAUUAGCUUUCUGCGGCUCGGGUUUUUCAAUGAAUUUCGAUGAUGGUUUUAUUUCUUUUUGCUGUGGUCUUUGCUUGUAUAUAGGAGCUAGCAGAGAAGAUAUUUUGAGGACUAGGAGGAGCUUUAUUUCCUUCAUAUCUAUUCGACAUAACCAUGUAGUCUUGGAAAUAAACUGUAGUUGUAAACUUUUGGGCAUGUUUUGAAUGGAUUAGGAAUUUUCAUCAAACCAGAGACGCCCUUCUUCUUUUUCUA